GUUCGGUUUUUUACUGUAACGGCGUGAAAUUUUUUUCAGAGACGGUAUUUAUCAUAUUAUACGAUGGAAUAAAUACUUAACUCCACAUACUGAACUUUUAGACAUUGGGACAGUAAAAAUAUAUACCAUGAAGCCAAACUAGGAUAGUCAAUCCACGAUAACAGACCGUAAAUAUACUACGAAAUGAUGGCGGGAUUAAAUUACCAUAUUAUCGCCCACUAGCCUAGGAUAACAAAAAUACAUCCUUCCGAUCUUAAGUCUAGGCCUAUUUGAAAAUGGGAGAACAAGACACAGAUAUCGUGAACAAGUUUAUCGACUUUGUUAAAGACAAGGAAACGACUUCACGCAUUCUCAAAUCAAUUGACAGUAACAAAGAUAAGUACCCAGAAAAAUUAAAACUACCAACUGGCAUACGAUCAAGGCAGGCCUGGUUUGAGGGCUUUGAAAACCAGAAUCAGCUGUCUUCAUACAAGAUCUUUAGAACAUCUAGGGAACAUUUACCUAUAUGGGCCACGCUAUUGUAUUUUUAUUUCAUUGAGUACAGCAGGGAUGUCUACGAAAGCAAAUGGUCAAGCCAAGGUGAAGAAAAAUAUGACAAUAUAUCGCUAGAUGUUAAAACAAACAAUGAUGAAGAGCGCUUGUUCAAAAUAACAAUAUUUGUAUCAACUGGGAGUGUCCAAAUCCAAGGCAACAAGGCAGGAGAAUUCACAAGAAAUACUUUCCCUGUACUAAAAGAAUGCAUUUCAUGGAUCAAAGAGCAAUGCGAUGAAACACUUCUGCUAAGCAACAAAACAGAUGAUGCCGAGGAAAGCAUAAACAUCAGCAAAUCACAAGAUUCUCCUGCGGUGUUGAUGACCACCCCCACAGUAAGGCGGAAGAGAAAACCUCAUGACGAGGUUCCUGCAUUCUCCCCAUGGAACUUUAGCUUUAGGGGUGAAUCUUGGGGUGAAUUUGAUGACCCACAACCAACACAUGAAAAUGAUGUUAGAAUAAACAAUGUAGAAAAGGCCAGUCCUGCUGCUCCAGGAAAAUAUGAUGAUGAUAAACCAGAACCUGACAUGAACAAAAGAAUUAAAGACUUAGAAACUAGGUCACUGUUUCUUGAAAAAUCUAUUGUUGAAUUUGCAGAGAAAUGUAUCAACAUAGGAGAAGAAAGUGCCAGAACCGACAACCAAAAUAAGGACAUAAUAUCAUCAUUAAAAUCCCAAAUAAAGCUGGAAUGCCAAAAAAGGCAUAAUCAAGUUGAGGAGUUGGAAAUGAAACUAAAUACGUACAAAGAGGCAUCAAACAAAAAGCUCAAUAUGAUACAAAAGCUCAUAGAUGAGAAUAAAAAUAUGAAACGAGAAAUCGGAUCCCUCCAAGACAAAAAUGAAGAGCUCUCCAGAAAGAUAAUAGAAAAUCAAGAAACAAUAUCUAGCGAGCUCAAUACUCAGAACAAAGAAACACAAAACACUGUAAAUAAUACGGAAACUAAGGCCACAAAAAGUCAUGAAAUUCCCAGGAAAGAUGACAAAGAUGAAAAUAUGCUAUCAAAACAAAUCCAGGAAAUAAAAAACAUGAUAUUAACCCAAGAGGCCACACAAGCAAGGAAUGCAAGGAAUGCUUCAGACAAUAGGAGUCAGCCCUCUCAAUCUCCUCCUCAUAACAAAGGGGAAGCUCCUAU